CAAUCAUCAUCCACUUUCACGGAUCGCAACUCAAGUCUCUACCAUCUCUUAUCAACCAUCAUCGUCUAAUAUCGCAAAUAUGAAGGCUUCCAUUGUCCUGUCUUUGGCUGCUGCCGCCAUGGCUAGCGUUAUUGAGCGUACCAACGGUUGCAAUGCCGACAACUGCGCUCGUGCCGUCACUGGCACUCGCGAGGGCCUGGCCCCUAUUUCCUCUCGCAAGGCCGACUGCUCCAGCUUUAUGCGAGCCACUGUCACUCCGGAGGCUACAACCACCACCAUCACCAUUACUGUCCAUCCCGAUAUCACUCCCAAGCCCAAGAACGAUGUCAACUACGCCGCCGCCACAGUCUAUCCUACAGCUGUCCCAGCUUAUGCCUCCUCUUGCGACGGUGCUAAGCGAUACUCCUCUGCUUGCUCUUGCUGGGGCAUCACUGCUACCACCGUCACCGCUCACACGCCUACAAAGACUGAGAUUGUCACCGUUACCCAGAACUACUGCGAACUAUAGGUGGCGGGCAGCAAGAAGCAAUGGGCAGAGAGGACUGUUUACAAAACGGGGCUUUCGAUAGAGUGAAAGAUCUAGCACUCAGAGGCCGGCACUUGAAUGCUAGCUAUGUGCUUGGGCCUAGCUGACAAUGUGAUGAUGAACAUGAUAGAGUAUAUGUAUGAAAGGAUGCAAAAAGUCAUGAAUACAUGUACAUAAUAGCAUACCUUAGCGAGUAAUCUAAUGUCAAGAUCCCAGUCC